AUUUCUUGGUAGCAAAAAGAAAAAUGAGGGAAGCAUCCAAGUCGAUAGCAUAUUACAAAAAUAUCGCAGAUCCUCAGAGAGUGGAAAUCGAACUACGUGCUCUACGCACAGAAGCCAGAUACGAAUUACACCCACAAUCCAGAUGUGAAUUAAACCAACAAUCCAGAAGCGAUUUACACUCACAAUCCACAAACGAUAUACACCGGCCAUCCACACGCGAAAUGCACCAACCAUCCACAAGCGAAAUACACUCAGAACCCACAAGCGAAAUACACCAGCCAUCAACAAGCGAAAUACACGUAUCAUCCGCAAGCGAAAUAUACCGACCAUCCACAAGCGAAAUACGCCCACCAUCCACAAGCGAAAUACGCCCACCAUCCACAAGCGAAAUACGCCCACCAUCCACAAGCGAAAUACACCGAACAUCCACAAGCGAAAUACGCCGACCAUCCACAAGCGAAUUACACCGACCAUCCACAAGCGACAUACACCGACCAUCCACGAGUGAAAUACACCGACCAUCCACAAGCGAAAUACAUCGACUACCCACGAGCGAAAUACACCCAGGAACGAGAAGCGAAUUACAAUCGCGAUCCAGAAGCGAUUUACGCACACAAUUUAAUGUGGAUUCAGAAGGGUCGACAGACUCAGAUGAGACAUACAUGGAUGGAACUGAAUAUACCUGUAUGACCAAGCUGCAAGUAAUACUACAUCGAAACUACAGGAAAGCUCUGUAUAUUAUGCUUGGCUUGACCACGGCACAACAACUUAGCGGAAACUUCAUCACUACGCAGUGUCUGGAAGUGUUGUUUAGGAAAAUAACGAUCGUUAUCGAUCCACACGAAGCGACGAUUUUGGUCCUGUUUGUCAGCUUUGUAUCUGGCAGUUUAACCUUCUUCGCAGUGCAAUUCGUAGGAAGAAGAACACUUUUGCUUCUCUCUACGGGUGGAACGUGUAUUACAUUGACUAUUUUAGCAAUUUAUCUAGUGUUAUUUGGAAAUCUGCUUCAGGCUUCCAACGUCUCUAUUAUUCCAGUUAUCGACUUAAUUAUAUAUCAAGUAGUGUUUGAAAUUGGUUUAGGUACGUUACCCAAUGUCCUCCUAUGCGAGUUAUUUCCUACGGAACUAAAAGGCUUUGCUGGUGUCAUCAAUGUCACUUUCGAUGGUACAAUUAGUCUUAUCGUGUGGGCACUGUAUAAACUAUUUGAAGAUAAUUUAGGGUCGUAUACGAUUUACUUUAUCUUUGCGACAUCAUGCUUCUUGGCAUUCCUGAUGGUGUUCAUAUGGGUACCGGAAACAAAAGGAAAAACAUAUAACGAGAUUGAAGCGCUUCUAGCUGGUGAAAUUUGAAUUCUUUGAAUGAAGAAGUUCGAACCGAUGAAAUGGAUAUUCGUAAAAUAUGACAGGAAAAAUUGCACCGUACAUCCGUGGGACGGUAUCUACUUACUCGGAAUAUUUUAUUUCUCAUUUUUAUUAGUAUAACGAUAAAGAUCUACAAUUUUAUCUCGAUAUGCAAUUUCUGCAGUAACGGAGUUUUAUACGUUUCUAAGUGUAAUUUUAGAAAUGUGUCUAACAAAGCUGAUGGUCAUUUAGAAACACAUGCAUCGUUUAAAUUGACUUGCAUUGAACUUAGAGGAACACAUGUUCUCAAACUAAACUUUUUAUCCAUUUCAUAACACAAACAAUGUAACAAUAUCAUUUAACUCGAGAUAACUGAACAACAGCUUGCAAAAGUUAGAAAAGUAAUAUAUUAAAGAAUGACAGGAUGACAUAAUACUGACAGGAAUAAAUAUUCUAUAUCUCAGCUGUUAUCUAUGCUGUUAUUUUUUGUUUGCAACAUAUAACAUAUGUAUAUCACAUAUAUGUAUAUCACAUAUAUGUAUAUCACAUAUACAUAUGUUAAUAUUGUUAUAAUAAACAGCAAGUAUGCUCAAAAUGUCAGUAUUUAUGCUAAAAAUAAUGUAAUAUAAUUAACAUAACACAUUGCUAAUAAGUACUUAUAUUACAAUGUGUUCUGUCGCUGAUAAGCAUAUGUGUGUACAUAUACAAUUAUAGAUGUGUAAGACAUGGUCUUGUCGGCGUUAUAUUAUAGUUAUUACUGAAAAAUAUUUGAAUAUGCUUCUUCGAAUAUUAUAGUAAUUACUGUAUCAUAACACAGUGAUAAAUACCUAGCCUCGUCUAGCAGCAAUUCUAUCGAACUGUCGAACGUUAUUUUCGAUAAAUUAUGGCUAUAAUAAUAGUGUUUAGUUUAGAAAUUUAUAUUUCCUACUUUUAAUAUACGAUAAUUAUUAAGUUCCGAAAAAUUAAAUAUCGAUAAUUUUAUAAAUUUUUGUCUAUCAACAAUUAUGUAUUUAUUGUAUAUCUUUUAAACAAAUAUCUUCCUUAUUAAAAAGAUACAAGAAACAUGGAGUUCCUAUCUAUAUAUAAAAUCACAAACAAGAUUUUGAAUGUUCUAUUUUAUUUAAGUUUUAUUAUAGACGAAUUUAUUACAGACACCCCUAGUGGAAAUUAAUUAAAGGAGUCCGAAUGAAGACGAGUCAACUGUAAUACCAAAUACAGCUAAGAUCCUAAACUUACGUAAUGCUAGAUCGGUAACGUUGAGAACGAUUUUAACAUGAUAAGAAAACCUCCGAGUUCACUGGGUAAAGUACUCUGAAUAGCAACUUUCUCUUCUACGGCAACAUUACCCCUUCUUUUUUCCAAAAUAUUAAUCAUUUUGUAUAAAAGAAUUCGGAGAAAUUCUUUAUUCUCAUUCAUUUGAAAAAUAUUAGCUCUUCGAUCGUUAUGGAAAACAAAUAACAAAAACAUCUUUAAAAACGACAGAAGCGGAAAUUUAAACCUGAAAGUAAAGAUUUAGUUAAACCAAAAACUAAAUUUCAUUUAUAUUAUAAUUCCCUGUGAGAUUCUAA